AGGCGCGGGGAGCGGCGGCGGCCGAGCCGGAGCAACAUGGCGCCGGUGGGCGGGGGCGGGCGCCCGGGCGGCGGGCCGGCCCGAGGGCGCCUCCUCCUGGCGGCGCUGGUGCUGCUGGUGCUGCUGUGGGCGCGGGAGGCCCGGGGCCAGGGCGACCCCCAGCGAGGCGCGAUCCUGGGCAUGAGGCUGGCGAGCUGCAACAAAUCGUGUGGGAUGAACCAGGAAGGCAUCAUCUUCGUGUCCGAGGGCAGCACGGUGAACCUAAGGCUGUACGGCCAGAGGCUGGGCUCUAUCUCCAGCAACCUGAUCUCCUUCACCGAGGUGGACAACUCCGAGACCAUCCGCAACUCUACCAGUUGCCCCGAGCUCACCAAAGACCUGGUCGUCAAGCAGCUGGUCAACGUGACCCGCGAAAACACGUCAGGGAUGCUGGUGGUGCUCACUAAGUUCCUCCGGAGGAGCGAGAACAUGAAGCUGUAUGCACUGUGCACUCGGGCCGGAGUGGACGGGCCCUGGCAGAGGUGGACGGAGAACGACUCGCUGCUCUUUAUGGUGGAGGAGAAUGGGAGGUUCCUACCCCUCUGGCUGCACAUCCUCCUCAUUAUGGUGCUGCUAGUGCUGUCGGGCAUAUUUUCUGGCCUCAACCUGGGGCUUAUGGCCCUGGACCCCAUGGAGCUGCGCAUCGUGCAGAACUGUGGCACGCAGAAGGAGAGGCGCUAUGCCCGCAAGAUCGAGCCCAUCCGGCGCAAGGGCAACUACUUGCUCUGCUCGCUGCUCUUGGGAAACGUGCUGGUCAACACCUCCCUCACCAUCCUUCUAGACAACCUCAUUGGGUCUGGAGUCAUGGCGGUGGCCUCCUCCACCAUUGGCAUUGUCAUCUUUGGGGAGAUCUUACCUCAGGCCCUGUGCUCCCGACACGGGCUGGCUGUGGGUGCCAACACUAUCGUUAUCACCAAAUUCUUCAUGCUACUCACCUUCCCCCUCAGUUUCCCCAUCAGCAAGCUCCUGGACUUUUUUCUGGGCCAGGAGAUUCGCACCGUUUACAAUCGGGAGAAGCUGAUGGAGAUGUUGAAGGUGACAGAGCCCUAUAAUGACCUUGUGAAAGAGGAGCUAAAUAUGAUCCAGGGUGCCCUGGAACUACGGACCAAAACUGUGGAGGAUAUCAUGACCCAGCUGCAAGACUGCUUCAUGAUCCGCAGUGAUGCCAUCCUGGACUUCAACACGAUGUCGGAGAUUAUGGAAAGCGGCUAUACCCGCAUCCCCGUGUUUGAAGAUGAGCAGUCCAAUAUUGUAGAUAUUCUCUAUGUCAAAGACUUGGCCUUUGUGGACCCCGAUGACUGUACUCCCCUCAAGACCAUCACCCGCUUCUACAACCACCCAGUGCACUUUGUCUUCCAUGACACCAAGUUGGAUGCCAUGCUGGAGGAGUUCAAGAAGGGGAAGUCCCACCUGGCCAUCGUGCAGAAGGUGAACAAUGAGGGCGAAGGUGACCCCUUCUACGAGGUGCUGGGCCUCGUCACCCUGGAGGACGUCAUUGAGGAGAUCAUCAAGUCAGAGAUUCUGGACGAGUCAGACAUGUACACCGACAACCGAAGCCGAAAACGGGUGUCUGAGAAGAACAAACGCGACUUCUCAGCCUUCAAGGAUGCUGACAACGAGCUCAAGGUGAAGAUUUCACCUCAGCUCCUUCUGGCUGCUCAUCGCUUCCUUGCCACUGAGGUUCCACAGUUUAGCCCGUCUCUGAUAUCAGAGAAAAUCCUGCUUCGGCUGCUCAAGUACCCAGACGUCAUUCAGGAACUCAAGUUUGACGAUCACAACAAGUAUUACGUCCGCCAUUACCUAUACACCCGAAAUAAGCCAGCCGACUACUUCAUCCUCAUCCUGCAGGGGAAGGUGGAGGUGGAGGCUGGGAAGGAGAACAUGAAGUUUGAGACGGGUGCCUUCUCCUACUAUGGGACCAUGGCCUUGUCCUCGUCCGCUUCUGUGCCUUCCACCCAGGUCGGGUGUCCGCCUGGCAAGCGGAACUCCCUGCUCUCCUGGCUCUCAGACCGCUCCCCAAACCACUCCACCACCCUUAGUCGCUCAGCCUCCCUCAGUUAUCCGGACCGCGCGGAUGUGUCGGGCACGGCUCCCCUGGCAGGCAGCAGCAACCAGUUUGGCAGCUCCAUCCUGGGCCAGUACAUCUCUGAUUUCAGUGUCCGGGCGCUCAUGGACCUCCAGUACAUUAAGAUCACCCGGCAACAGUACCAGAAUGGGCUGCUGGCUUCACGGAUGGAGAACUGCCCUCAGUUUCCCAUGGAUGGGUGCACCAUCUGCACGGAGAACUUGGCAGAGAAGCCUGAGCUGCCUGUGGUGGAUGAGACCACUACUCUUCUCAACGAUCGUAACUCCUUGCUGCACAAAGCCUCGCACGAGAGCGCCAUCUGACAGGAGGGCCCGGGGCCCCCCGCCAGCCCUGCGGGGGCCUCCCCAGUGGGCCCACGUGAAGAUAGGGAGCCUCUUAGGCCAGAAGGGGUGCAGAUAGCCUGUCUAACUGAGCAGCCAGAUGGCCUCCAGCCUGUGGGGGACCCGGCCUCAGACAGGACCUCUGAACAGCUCUCAGGUGGCAGCUGCCCGGCCCUGGACUGGUAGGGCAGGGGGCCAGCUACUGUGAGCAAGGCUGUUUUUUACUGAGAGAAUUUCUGAACUAAGCUCAUUGCUCCUCUUUUUAAAUAUCAUUUGGGGAAGGGAAGACAGGGUUAAGAAACUUUAUUUAAAUUUUUUUUCCACAAAAACUUUAAAAGGGGUAGGGUUUCUCACCCCAGGAAGCCAUAGCCAUAAUCUGCUCCCAGCCAUGACCUUCUGGCUUGUAUCCCUGACUCAGGGAGCCCACUCUUCCUCCUGCUCCUCCUCCAGAGAUGGGAUCCCAGAGACCCACUGGAGAAAGGUUUUCUCUUGGGAGGAAGACAGUUCUUCCCAGGAAGUGAAGAACCAACUCGUGCUGAGAACAACUGCCUGGACACGUGCAUUGAGGCUGUCUGACGUCGCUGAGGCCAAGGGAUUCUGGGUAGUUGUGAUCAGGGACAUGAUACUCCCAGCUGCAGAGAGGAGCACACCUACUCCUAUCAAUCGCUGGAUCCAGGAAUUUCCUAGAACUCUGCCGAUGGGCUCUCCUGGUGAGUUGGGGCUAGGCUGAGGACUCUUACUGCCCCCCCCCCCCCCCGCCCCAUUAGUUUGCUUCGUAUCUGCCACUUUGGACAACUCUCCCCUUGUAUUGGGGCUGACUCAAAGUGUUAGGCAGGGCCUCACACCUUUAAGAUUGCUUACCCCUGCUCCCCAGGCCCUGCCCUCACUUUUACCAAAGGUUUCCCCCUAGGUGGGGAGAGCAUCUACGUUAGAGGUGAAUUGUCUAGGAUACUCCUUUCGGUUCCAGGAGGGAUGCUGGUCAUGGGCAUCCGCGUUGUUGGCAGUUAGUACCAUCCCCCUCCUGCCCCACAAUGAAAGUCAAGUCUCAGUCACUGACCCAGGAAGCACUUCUUUCCAGACUCCCCACUUCUGAUCCCAAACCCUAAUGCCUCUUGGGGAUUGAGGACAAGAGGACAUGUAGGAAGCCAACCUAAGCAGAUUCUUCAUGCCCUUUCCUCUGUGGCUAAGGCUUACCUGACCUUGUUCACACACUUACAGAACGCAGGAAAGGAGGUUCCCCCCGAGAAGGCAAGAGCUGGCAGCCUCUUUCCCCCGUGUCUGUAAUCCUAGUGCAAGAUGUCAUCCUGGCCUUUGCUGAAGCUAGUGGUACUGGACCCUAAGAGCGCCACCCACGUGAGAUCCUGCCUCAGCGCUGAAAUCCUUUCCCUGGGGCUGAACCAGCCCCUGCUGCAGAGCUCCAGGCUUCCCACUAUUGGGGAGGCUGCGGGACCAAGGUCCAUGUUGGCCCUUUUGUUGGGUGGAACAGUUGCUGGGGCCCAAGAUCAGGCAAGGGAGACUGCAGGCCUUCUGCCUGAGUGUCAUUGAUUCACUCCUCAACCAGUGCGUUUUGUCAUCCCAAGUGCUCGCUCUUCAGGUGCCCAGAGAGUUCUAACUCUUGGGUCCAGGAAAUGCCUUGCACCAAGUAUGCCUGCCCCCAGCCAGUUUAAAGUCUUCCUCAGUCACUGAAUUUAUUCCUAAAAGUCUGGAGAGAAUGUGGCAACACCGUGGGUUCUCAGCCAUAAGGAAAAAAGACACCAGACCUUUGUUCCCUGUUGGCGGAAACCCCUUAGUUUUCUACAGGAGCAGCUUGCCUUCUUUUCUGAGCCCACAGAGCUUGCAAAGCUGUGUUCCUGAGAGACCUGAGUGCCAGGUGGAGCAGACUGCCUUGGCCUGAACCACGAGAGUGUGUGUGAAGUAAAGGGAGCAGGUACACACACUUCCACAGCUACCUCUUUGCACACAUGGUUACUAUCGACGGAUGGUCCCUCCUCCCCUCCCUCCCCUCCCCCUUUUAUAAUCACUUCUUGCAGAGGGUCAUAAUUAUUUCCAAAUAUUACUGGUUCGAUGACUUCUUCCUCCCAGUGCAAUUUUUCAUUUCCUAUUCCAACCUCUGGUUCCUGGGCUGAGCCAUACCCUGAAGCUGGCCCCCUGCGCGUCUUCCUGUGAAGGGAGACCUUCGCAAAUGGCCUCCAAAUGGGUAGGCAGGUCACAGCCACCGUAGCAAAUAACUCAUAUUUAUUUUGCAUAAGAUUUUAAUUUGUAUAUUUUUGUGAUUUAUUUUGGCAUUGUUAUGAGUUUGACUCUCGGGGAGUUUUGUUGUUAUGACUCUUGUGUCUUUUGUCACAAAACAAUGAUAAUAUUUGCUAAACAAUAUAUGGAAUUUAUUUUUGAUUGGUAAUAAAAAAUGAGAUAUGAAA